AUGGCUGAUCUUUGGAUUAUGCUUGGUCUUGUUAUAAAACUGACGCUCUUCUGUCUUAUCGUGCUUUUCCUUGUCUUUUCACUGUAUGUUUACUACAUGCACUACAAGCUUAGCCAUAUUGAAGGCCCGCCUCGAGGCAACUUUUUCCUGGGUAAUUUGCUCGAAAUUCGCAGGAGAAGGCUUGUUGAUGGCAACAAUAUACAUCAAACAUUGGCCGACUGGUCGAUUGAAUAUCGCCCUAUGUUUGUCAUAUGGUUCUUUCAUGUCCCUCUAAUCGUCAUCAGCGACGCCGAUAUUGCUCGUCAGGUGCUUGUCGUUAAGAAUCUACCUAAGGAUCAUUUUGGUUAUAAGAGAUUUCAAUAUGUAUACGGACAACGAUUCCUUGGAAGUGGCCUUUUCUCGGACUUGAAUCGUCUCACUUGGGAGACGAAGCGACGUACGUUUACACCGUUGUUCCAUCGAAACAAGCUGUUCGAUGGGUUUCCAACAUUAAAUUCCUGCUGCGAUAAUUUCCUCAGCAGGCUGGAAAAGUAUGCCGACGGAAAAACCGAGAUCUCCCUAGCUGACGAAUUCUUGCUGGUAACUUUGGAGACUAUUCUAAAGGUUGGUUUCAGUCACUAUAGGGCUAAAUUGCAGAAUACCCGUCCACUAGUUAUAUCAUAUCAUGUAGCCACUAUUUCACUGGAUACGCGGAUACGCGGUCAGAACUUGUUAUAGUAUAAUACUAUUUCACUGGAUAUAUACGCGGCCAUGCAGAACUUGUUAAUAUAUAUUUAUUCGUAUUCGAUUAAUAGGCCUAAUAAAUAGAGUGAUAGAUCAAAUUCUCAUGUUACAGGUAGCUCUAUUUUAGUGGAUACGCGGAUACGUGGAUACGCAGUCAAUUUUAUAUAGUUUAGCGAUCAAAAAUGGUCAGCGGAUAAAAUAACUGGUUGACUGCGUAUCCACGUUCCACUAAAAUAUAGAGCUAUCUAUAUUACUAUAUACCAUGAGAAUUUGAUCUAUUAAUGCUAAACUAACUGUAUUCCUCGUUCUCAAAAUAAAACUCACUGCGUAUCCACGUAUCCGCGUUUCCACCAAAAUAUUGAGUAACUGUAUGCCUCGUUCUCAAAAUAAAACCUAAUGUGAUUGGUCAGCUGAUUAAAACAUCGUAUUGCCCCUUUUGACCUACAUUAUUGACCUACAGUAUAUUGCAUCAACCUAUCCUCAUCAACCUAUCCUCAUCCCAAUAUCCUCAUUUAACCUACAGAUGACUCUGGCUUGAAGUUUCGUAAUAGGACGUUAAAACAGGGACGUAGUGAAGCAUCACAGAAAGAAUGUGAAGCGAAGGUAUGGUUGCUGAAAUUUGAACUGCGAUGUUAAAAAUUUACCUGAAGUGUAAUAAUUAUAAUAGAGCUUUUUCUGAUUUAUUUCCAUAGUUAUACUAAGUUUCCGAAGAAAAGAGAGGCCUGUGGGUCCUCGCCCAGAAAAUGUUUACAUUUUUGAAGCUCCAGGACUGCAUUUCUGGCGUUUUCUAAACCAAAUUCACAAAGGAAUUGGAUCUAAAUCGACUGUAUUUUCCAAAAAUGGAUGUUUUCACAAAAUUAACGCCUUUACUACGCGAAUUUUACCUGAAAAUUCAAAUUUUAGUGAUGAAUUUAAGCUGAUUUUUACCUUAGUUUCCGCUUUUGACUCUGGAGUUUUGAAAUUAUGAAUACUAGAUUAGGUGGAUAAUAUAUCCAAGUGAGCAUACAUAUACACUAUUUAAGACCUAACCAGGAACGGUUGCGAAACAUACAACACUAGGCCCUCUGGCAAGAAUCGAAUCUGCGCGGCCCAGAACUGUUCUGGUUGAAAAGUUGAGGUAGUCGUACUCCUCUUUUGUCAUGCAAAUAACCGUGCACAAGUACUUGGGUUAAUAGUUUCUCUUUGGUAUAGUAAUCAUUGGAUAAAUAACGAACGGUGUGCUCUAUAACAUUAAAAAUUUUCCUUUUUAAGUGGUCGUGUAAUUUGGAGAUGAAUAAUGAUGAUCGCCUUGUAUUUGAAAAGAACUUCAAAAAUGCUUUACAUGGCAUUUCACUAAGCUUUCAAAGUCCAGCGACCGCAUACAUGCCGUGGUCAAAUUUAAGACGAAGAUGUGUGGAAGGCGCUCGCCUUACUAGGGUAACUGCAAAAAGUGUUGUGGAAAUGCGACAGAAGGAUAUAGAUGCUGGUAAGGAGAUACCUGAAGAUGCACUAUCGUAUGUUUUGAAAUUGAAAGAAGCUUUGCCCAAUUGCGACAUUGAAGACUUGGUGGAUAUGGUCGUUACAGUUGUGUUCGGAG